AUGGAGGGCGAGGCGAACGGGACUCUGAACCCGUCCUGCGGCGCCAGCGAGCCGCCCUACUCGGAGGAGCUUCUCCGGAGCCUUGACCUACCAGGGAGAUUUCUCUUCGCAACCUUGACUUUGAUGACGCUCAUUGCCAUUCUGGUGUUUAUAGAGGAAGCAGUCUACAUCUACAGGAAAAUCCCCUCCUCCAAAAGAUCAAUCAUAAUUUGGAUUAAUGCUGCAGCUCCAGUCAUCUCUACUACUUCAUGCAUUGGCAUGUGGGUUCCUCGCUCAACAAUGUUUACAGAUUUCACAGCAGGAAUAUUUUUUGCCAUAGUUAUCCACAAGUUCCUGAUGAUGAUGAUUAAAGAGUGUGGAGGCCAGAAGAUGCUCCUCAGGAGGUUUGAAAAUGGUCGCUUCACCAUCAGCACCGGCCCCUGCUGCUGCUGCUGCCCUUGUCUGCCUCGUGUGCCCAUCACCAGGCAAACCCUCUUUUGGCUGAAGAUGGGCACCUUUCAGUUUGCUGUCUUUCGGCCUGUGCUCAUAUUUUUAUCAAUAGUGCUUUGGACUAAUGGCAAUUAUGUCCUUUACAAUUUGUCUCCCAAAGGACCUGCACUGUGGAUCAGCUGCUUCAUUGGUGCCCUCACCCUUUUUGCUCUGUGGGCAGUGGGAAUCAUGUUUCGAAAAGUUAGGAUUCUCCUUAAGUGUAAGAACAUUAUCCCAAAGUUUGCUCUUUAUCAGUUUAUUGUCAUUCUGAACCACCUGCAGACCACUAUUAUCAACAUAUUCGCUACACAAAAAAUAAUUCCCUGUGCUCCACCACUCUCCUCUACAGCAAGAGGAUCAUAUAUAGCCCAGCAGCUGCUCAUCAUGGAAAUGUUUCUGAUAACUGUAAUCUCCAGAGUGGUCUAUCGGAGAAAAUACCAUGACCUAGAGCCUCCGGAGUGUGCAGCUGAAGAACCCGGGGACAAGAAGCAGACUCCUAAGAUUAUCCUGAAUGGUGCAGUUAUUGAAGAUGGAUUGGCAAAGGUUUAGAAGCUUCCUGUGCUCCUGUUGUGCAGGAGCUGUAAGAUCAGCUUCAGGAACCUGUAUAUUCUUGCACCAAAAAUAGCCACUG